AUGGCAACUCUAACUUUACGCCGAGGAGGACGGGAGAAAGAAGCUGUCGGAAACGGUACUGAAUUCAAACUGAUCAAUAAAACCAAGGAUUUACCCUCGCUAAUCCGGGAGAAGGCUUGCCAUGGGCUCCCGGCUUCCGAAGUCAAAGACAGAGAGAAAAGGAAAAAGAAGAAGAAAGACACGACCAAAGACAAAAAGAAGGCGGCCAACAGCUCAAAGAAAAGAGGUCACUCCAGCACGCCAUCAAACUCCGACGACACAGAUAAGCCUCUGUCUGAGCCUGUCAUCAGCACAUCCCCUGUUCGGACCAGAGCAGAGCCAGAGAGAACCGGUACCCCGCAGGCCAAACUCACAGGCCAGCCCAGACCUCGGGGGGAGAAAGGGACCAGGAAGAACAGGAGGAAGCAGGAGGAGGAGUCAGUGCCAGAACCUGCAGUAGCCCCACCUACUGCCUCACCUCAAGAGGAGGCCAGCCUCAGCAGCUCCGCCCAGGAGAGCCUGAGGUGGGAGGGGGUUAAGGAGGACCCCGCAGAGGAGGAGCAGAGACUGGAGAUCUACAGAGCCAACCGACGGAGGCGCUACCUGUUCGCCCAGCAGGGGCUCCCUGCCAAUGUCAUGCCUGCUGCAGUGCAGGAGUGGGGUCACCUCAUACAGGGCGGAGUCGGAGGCACAGCGUAG